AUGCGUAAAGGUUCAUGCAUCUCAACUGCGGACGUGUCCAGCGAAGAAAAGAACAGCCUGGACACCAUCGAGGCGUCCAUCAGGAGCAGACCAAAGGUAUCCACGGCCACUUCCAUGCGGCUGUGCCUGUGUCUCCUGCACGGUCUUUCUGCCUCCGUCCCGUACUCAGAAGGUGCUGGGGGCUCUUACGGACCCCCCAUCUGUCUCUCCCGCCUGACGAUGUCUGUCCAUCUGUCACCUCCCCGGCUGGCAGCAAGAAGACCAGAAGCUGAGGUUUCUGGAGCCCGUCUGAACCAUCUGCACCACAGCAGCAGGCACUCCUUCCUGUGGGGCACGCUGCUGCUCUUCCAGCCUGAGCUGGCUGAGACCCUCGAGGUGCUGCUGCAAGAGGAGCCCGUUGAUCGCCUGGACACCACGGUGCGGCAGCAAGUCAUGCUGACCAUCGCUGCCAUGAGAUCACCCCUUUUCGUCCCUCAGGUCUCGGGCGCCGAGGGGAGGCCGCGGGCGGCGGCCGGCCGGCCGGUCGACGAGGAGGUGUCCAGCGAUUCUGAGACGGAAGGCCCGUUGCAGGGACGGCGGCGGCGGGAGGCGGUGGCGGCGGAGGAGGAGGUGGAGGAGACGCCGCAGGAGAAGAAGCUGCGCCUGGCCAAGCUUUACCUGGAGCAGCUGCGCCAGCACGAAGAGGAGCUGGCAGAGGAGGAGGAGGAGACCCAGCAGGCGGAUCUCAUCGGCGACCGGCUGAAGGAGGACGUGCUCGAGCAGAAGGGCCGCCUGCAGCGCCUGGUCGCCGGGGAUGUGCAGCCUCCGGAUCCAGCCAGCAUCCGUGUGUUUCGGGGACACCAGCUGCCCGUCACCUGCCUGGUUGUCUCUCCAGAUGACAGGUUCAUCUUUUCUGCUUCCAAGGACGGCUCCCUCAUCAAAUGGGAGGUGGAGAGUGGGAAGAAGCUGUGUGUGGUGCCGGGGGGGAAGAAGGGCACCGAGGAGCAGCACAUGGGCCACGCGUCCCACAUCCUCUGCAUGGCCAUCUCGUCAGAUGGCAAGUACCUGGCCACGGGAGACAAGAACAAGCUGAUCAUGAUCUGGGACACAGCUACCUGCAAGCGCUUGCACAUCUUCACUGGGCACCGGGACGCUGUCUCAGGCCUGUCCUUCCGGAAGGGCACGCACCAGCUGUACAGUGCCUCCCAUGACCGCUGUGUAAAGGUCUGGAAUGUGGCGGAAAAUGCUUACGUAGAGACGCUGUUUGGGCACCAGGAUGUCAUCACGGGGCUGGACAGUCUGAGUCGGGAGUGCUGUGUGACGGCAGGGGGACGCGACGGCACUGUGAGGCUCUGGAAAAUCCCUGAGGAGUCGCAGCUCGUGUUUUGUGGGCACCAGGGCUCCAUCGACUGCAUCCAGCUCAUCAAUGAGGAGCACAUGGUGUCUGGAGCUGAUGAUGGGUCUGUUGCUCUGUGGGGGGUGACAAAGAAGAAGCCACUGGCACUGGCCCGCCAGGCGCACGGCAUGCAAGAUGCCCAGGGCCUGCAGCAGCCGUACUGGAUCUCAGCGGUGGCCGCCCUGCGCAACAGUGACCUCCUGGCUACAGGGUCCCACAGCACCAGCGUGAAGCUCUGGAAGUGCAGUGAGGGAUUUCGGAAACUGGAGCCUCUCUGGGACAUCCCCUUAGUGGGUUUUGUCAACAGCCUCAAGUUCUCCGCAGCUGGUGACUUCCUGGUGGCUGGCAUUGGGCAGGAGCACCGGCUCGGCCGGUGGUGGAGAAUCAAAGAAGCCAAAAACAGCAUCUGCAUCAUCCCACUGAAACAGAGGGCCACAGUUCCCAGCCCGGAAGGCCCUGACAGCUCUUAGUAUGGCUGGAGCCAUGUCCUUAAACUGCUGUCCCUGGAGCUGUGCCCCGUGUUCUUCAUGCAACCACCUUCCUUGGGACAGCAGCAUGUCAGAGAGGGCUGUCGCGUAGCCUCUUACCCUGCUGCUCCCCAUGGUGUGCCGUGGCUCUGCCCUCUGCGAGGGUCUGUCCCCUUCCCUCAGGUUCAGUCAUACCUGAGCUCUGGAAGAGUCCAUUAAAAAAAAACUAAACAACAAAACCACUUUAUUUACAUAAAUUACAAAAAGAAAAGUCACACUCUUGUUCACAGAAUAAAUCUACUCUUAAAAACUU